AUGUCAAUAAUUGUAGAAAAUAAUUUAAAAACCACCGAAAACAAAGAAUUAUUUGAACAAAAAGCACAUUAUAUACCGUGUAAGAUUGAAGACGAUGGGCCAGCGAACGUAAAGAAAUACUUCGAACCUUACAUUGAAGAUAAAAAUGGAGAACUGUCUGCAUCAUUUCGAGGACAUCCUCUGGAUGGUGUUAAAAUUCCAAUCCCUGAAGGUUAUAAAGCCAUAGUUGUGACUGAAGCUAAGAGGCCACUCGCUGAAAAUGCAGAACGGAAGUUUCAGGUUGCCGGUGGUUUCAAAUAUUUUACCAACUGGAACUGGAAUAAGAAACCAUCACAAAAUGACAACAUCGUCAGAGCAAUGGACUGGAUUGAUAUAAGUGAAGCAAUACAUGGAGACUGA